UUGUUAUCAUGUGUGCGGGAGCGGACGUUGUCCGAGACAUCAUGCUAGCUGUUCACAGAAGGAGGCUCACCAAUGGCAGCUAUAUCUUCUUCAACAUCGAACUCUUCAACUCCACGUCCUAUGGUAAAAAUACACAUCAGCACAACGUUCCCAGCCUUACAUAUAUACUCUGUUGUUCCCAGCCCUACAUAUAUACUCUGUUGUUCCCAACACUACAUAUAUACUCUGUUGUUCCCAGCCCUACAUAUAUACUCUGUUGUUCCCAGCCGUACAUAUAUACUCUGUUGUUCCCAGCCCUACAUAUAUACUCUGUUGUUCCCAGCCCUACAUAUAUACUCUGUUGUUCCCAGCCGUACAUAUAUACUCUGUUGUUCCCAGCCCUACAUGUAUACUCUGUUGUUCCCAGCCCUACAUAUAUACUCUGUUGUUCCCAGCCGUACAUAUAUACUCUGUUGUUCCCAGCCCUACAUAUAUACUCUGUUGUUCCCAGCCCUACAUAUAUACUCUGUUGUUCCCAGCCGUACAUAUAUACUCUGUUGUUCCCAGCCCUACAUAUAUACUCUGUUGUUCCCAGCCCUACAUAUAUACUCUGUUGUUCCCAGCCCUACAUAUAUACUCUGUUGUUCCCAGCCGUACAUAUAUACUCUGUUGUUCCCAGCCCUACAUAUAUACUCUGUUGUUCCCAGCCGUACAUAUAUACUCUGUUGUUCCCAGCCCUACAUAUAUACUCUGUUGUUCCCAGCCGUACAUAUAUACUCUGUUGUUCCCAGCCCUACAUAUAUACUCUGUUGUUCCCAGCCCUACAUAUAUACUCUGUUGUUCCCAGCCCUACAUACAGUGCCUUGGGAAAGUAUUCAGACCCCUUGACUUUUUCAAUAUUUUAUUGAAAUAGUUUAUUCUAAAAUGGAUUACAUUAAAAAAAAUCCUCAGCAAUCUACACACAAUACCCCAUAAUGACAAAGCAAAAACAGGUUUGUAGACAGUUUUGCUAAUUUAUUACAAAUAAAAAACAGAAAUACCUUAAUUGCAUAAGUAUUCAGCCCCUUUGCUAUGAGACUCGAAAUUGAGCUCAGGUGCAUCCUGUUUCCAUUGAUCAUCCUUGAGAUGUUUCUACAACUUGAUUAGAGUCAACCUGUGGUAAAUUCAAUUGAUUGGACAUGAUUUGGAAAGGCACACACCUGUCUAUAUAAGGUCCCACAGUUGACAGUGCAUGUCAGAGCAAAAACCAAGUUAUGAGGUCAAAGGAAUUGUCCGUAGAGCUCCGAGACAGGAUUGUGUCGAGGCACAGAUCUGGGGAAGGGUACCAAAACAUUUCUGCAGCAUUGAUGGUCCCCAAGAACACAGUGGCCUCCAUCAUUCUUAAAUGGAAGAAGUUUAGAACCACCAAGACUCUUCCUAGAGCUGGCCGGCCGGCCAAACAGAGCAAUCAGGUGAGAAGGGCCUUGGUCAGGGAGGUGACCAAGAACCUGAUGGUCACUCUGACAGAGCUCUAGAGUUCCUCUGUGGAGAUGGGAGAACCUUCCAGAAGGACAACCAUCUCUGCAGCACUCCACCAAUCAGGCCUUUAUGGUAGAGUGGCCAGACGGAAGCCACUCCUCAGUAAAAGGCACAUGACAGCCCGCUUGGAGUUUGCCAAAAGGCACUUAAAGACUCUCAGACCAUGAAAAAUAAGAUUCCCUGUUCUGAUGAAACCAAGAUUGAACUCUUUGACCUGAAUGCCAAGCGUCACGUCUGGCGGAAACCUGGCACCAUCCCUACGGUGAAGCAUGGGGAUGGCAGCAUCAUGCUGUGGGGAUGUUUUUCAGCGGCAGGGACUGGGAGACUAGUCAAGAUCGAGGGAAAGAUGAACGGAACAAAGUACAGAGAGAGCCUUGAUGAAAACCUGCUCCAGAGCGCUCAGGACCUCAGACUGGGGCGAAGGUUCACCUUCCAACAGGACAUACUGUAGGAUAGGUCUUGUUAAAUCAGACCCAUACUACAGUCCUGCAUCCUGAAGCAUCUAUCAACGUCUUGUUAAAUCAGACCCAUACUACAGUCCUGCAUCCUGAAGCAUCUUUUUUUAAAUGCUUGGCUGUAGUAAAGGCAUGCACACUGUAGGCUCUAUGUUUGGCUGACAUUAAGGUGUCAAAAGCUAGUUUGCAAUUUCGUCAAGUAAAAACUGGAACUUUCCAGCCCAGGUCUUAUAUCAGCUCCGCUGCGAGCUGGGCAGGGUGGAAAUAUUUUAGUUGUGUCCUUUUAAAAACAUGAUCCAAAAUGAUAAUUUCAGGCAGCGCUGAUAGGGGUAUUUAAGACCAACCUGGUUUUAGCGGUAACGCAGUUGGUUAUGGCAUGAAUUUUGACAGCGGAAACACGGCCUAUCCGUCCAUGACGCACACUACCCAUAUGCACCUGGAACAAGAGUAGCCGAAUGUGCUUUUAGUGCCUGUAUACUUUGUAUUUAGAAAAAUUAUGUUUUUUUUCCCCAUUUCGUUUUAUUUGAUUAAGAACCAAGCAUAGCCUCCCUUCCUCUCAAUUAAGGCUUUUUUUUUUUUUGUCUGCCCAUUGCAAUCGCGAAGUAGUCAAGACUGUGGAUAAAGGGUUUGGCUCCUGAGACCGCUUGGAUAUAAAUCUUAAAUCCCCAAAGCUUUCUUAAAAUAUGAAGUUUGAGAGGAGUAAAACAGUGAGCUGACGUUCCCUUUUUAUCUAUUUAUUGUAGACAGGCCCACGUUGUUUUAGCCAUGCAGGUCCCGUUUUGGAUGUGAGUAAAACCCUCCGUAGUCUUCAUUGUUUAAUAGUAUACGGUUUAGGGUUUCUCCCACGGGGUUUAGGGUUUCUCCCACGGGGUUUAGGGUUUCUCCCACGGGGUUUAGGGUUUCUCCCACGGGGUUUAGGGUUUCUCCCACGGGGUUUAGGGUUUCUCCCACGGGGUUUAGGGUUUCUCCCACGGGGUUUAGGGUUUCUCCCACGGGGUUUAGAGUUUCUCCCACGGGGUUCAGGGUUUCUCCCACGGGGUUUAGGGUUUCUCCCACGGGGUUUAGGGUUUCUCCCACGGGGUUUAGGGUUUCUCCCACGGGGUUUAGGGUUUCUCCCACGGGGACCUGUAAGUGUGACAUAGCCUAUUUAAAACAAGUUGUUUUGAAUUUGAUUAGAACUAUUAGUUAUCUUUUUAAGCCUUAUCAAUAAUGAAUUUAAUCUUGGUUAUUGACAAUGUUUGGCAUGUCAAUGUUCAGCCAUAUUGCAAUUUACAGUAGCCCUAGCCCCUAUACCAGUGCUAUUGACGCCAUGCAAUUACUUAGAACAUUGUGGACUGCAAAUGGGUUCAAGUUAACAUAUUUAGCAAACACGGGAUAGGUCUACAUUUUGUUAUUUCGUUUCUGUAAGCCAUUUAACAAACUAACAUUGGAAUUGGAGUUGAUUCCAAGGCGAUAAAUAAAAGACCGCAAAUACACAACUUGAAACAACCGCAUAUUUCGCCAUGGAGCACCUUCUGAUUGGACAGUGUGGGGCUAAGCCUCGACACACCCACAACUUGUUUAUUCAUCAAAACCCAGCCCUUUCGCACCAGCGCCAGCAAGUGCGCCGAUAAUUGUGAUUAGUGAAAAUAGAAAAAAUAAAUCUGACACACCCCUGAACCUAUAGCUUAGAUUUACCCUUGCAUGGUUUGUUAAAAUAGAACCUCAUGUUUUAAUGCUUGGCUGGAGUAAAGGCCUGCACACCAUGUUUUAAUGCUUGGCUGGAGGAAAGGCCUGCACACCAUGUUUUAAUGCUUGGCUGGAGGAAAGGCCUGCACACCAUGUUUUAAUGCUUGGCUGGAGUAAAGGCCUGCACACCAUGUUUUAAUGCUUGGCUGGAGUAAAGGCCUGCACACCAUGUUUUAAUGCUUGGCUGGAGUAAAGACCUGCACAUCUCCAUGCCCAGGGCUGCACUACAUUCUGACAGACAGAAACAUUUCAACAUGUCAACAAUUUCACCUCUUUUUUCAUCUCUCCUCGUUUGGUUUCCCAGGCAACGGCUCGUGGAAGCGAGGGGAUAAGUACGACAGUGAGGCACGACAGGCAUACUCUGCCCUCAACACGGUCACGCUGCUCCGGACGGUCAAACCAGAGUUUGAGAACUUCUCUCUG